CAUCCUCCCCCAUCCCUAGCCCAGGGGAAAUGUAAAUUGUAGUUGUCUUAUUGUGAUGACUCUGUGUCUCUUUGACUUUCAGAAUUGCUAUCGACAGAGGAAUCGGGUGUGAAGGGACAACAUGUCCAGUGUAUCCAUGGACAAGAAUAACAGGUGGCAGGAAAUCGAGAAAGGACUGCAGUUUAUCCAGUCAACGUUGCCAUAUCCUGGUUCCCAGAAAGAGUAUGAGGCCUUUUUGCAAGAUCUUGUCAGAAACCUAUAUGAUGACGGAAACGAUAAGUUCAGAGGAGGCAAUUGGAAAGAUGCUUUGGACCAAUAUACUGAGGCCCUAAACGUAGCUGAUUAUGCAUCAUCUGAAGAUAUCAGUAUUGUGGAUGGAGUAAAAGAGAAGCUUUAUACAAAUCGUGCAUCCUGCUACUUGAAUAUUGGUCACUACAAUCAAGUAUUAGAAGACUGUGACAAAGCGUUACAGCUGAACCACAAUAACUACCGAGCUCUCUAUCGAAAAGCAAGAGCCCUGAAGGAAUUAGGAAGGCAUAAAGAAGCCUAUAAUGUUAUUGCAAAAUGUUCAUUAGGUGUCCCACAAGAUGACGGUGUCAUGAAACUAACCCAGGAAUUAGCUCAAAUAUUGGGAUUAAAAAUUCGGAAAGCUUAUAUAAGAGCUCAGUCUCCCUUGAAUCCAGUAAUGGGUGUCAGUUCUGCUGAAACCACUAAUAAACAUUCCAAUGGUUUGAAUUCUAUUGAAGAUAUAGAAACGGAUUUCCCAGGAUUAAAUUCAGAAUCUUCUUUUUCUACAUCAUUGUCCUCAAAUGGUAUUAUUCCUCAAGCAAUGUGUGAAUCGUUCCCAGUCUCCUCCAAUUCUCCUCCACCUACUGUACAACUGCCGCAUAAUAUCCCUCUUCCCACCACUGUGCUAGUAAAUGGAGGAGGGCUGUCUUUUUCAGUGCCUCAAUCACGUUUGGACUUUAUUGACUGCGAUAAGAUUGGAGAUGAUUUGGAUGAGCUGCUAGAUUCUUUACCUACUGUGGAAGAAGCUCCAAUGCAGUCUGGGUCCAUUACAGGACCUAAGAUACCGGUCAGUGUAUCGCCCAGUAUCCCUUGCCCUGCUUCUAUGUUAGUGCCACCACCCCAAGCUACAAAUAAUUGUGUUCCUUCAGUGACUUUACCCUCAGUGUACUCAUUUUCUAUGAAUAUGCUAUCAACGUACAAUACAUAUGGUUCCACGAUGGAUUCCUUAGAUUCUCUGCCUAUUGUAGAAUCUCAAAGAGGGACCCCUCCAGGUCUCAAGGCUGGAGUACAAGGACAUAAUAGCAGCAAUUCUUUUCUGACUCUAAAUAGUCUGUUCAGUAAUAAUGCCAACCUAGGAAUCAUUGGCCAAAAUGAAAGUGCCUUUUUGAGAGGAACGGAGACAGGAGCAAACAUAUUACCCACCCAACUGCCAUGUCAUCCAUUGUCAGACACACACGAGUUCAAACAGGCAUGCCAUUUAUGCUUUAAAACAGAUCCCAAAAUGUUGACUUGCACUUACGGUGGAGACGGAGAACAUAAGUGUAAGAAGGAUAUUUUAAUCUGUAGAUUGAAAAACUCUGAAGACAGGUCAUGGAAGAAGAUACGACCGAGACCAACCAAGAAUCAGUAUGUGGGACCAUAUUACAUAUGUAAAGAUGUUGCCGCAGGAGAAGAGUGUAGAUACCCUGGUCACUGCACCUUUGCGUAUUGCCAAGAAGAGAUAGAUAUAUGGACCCUAGAACGCAAAGGAGCAUUUAAUCGUGAGCUGCUGUUCGAUCCUUUUGGGAGUAGUGGGAAAGUCAAUUUGACCGUAGCCAAACUUCUACAAGAACACCAUGGCAUAUUUAUGUUUCUCUGUGAGAUCUGUUUUGAUAACAAGCCCAGAAUGAUAAACAAAAGGAAUAAGGAUAAUCCUGAGUGCUGUUCCAAUCCUGAUGCCAAGCAUAUCUUUGACCAUAACAAAUGCCUCGUUCAUAUACUACGUGAGACAACCGUGAAAUACUCUAAAAUCCAUCAUCUUGAUGAUACCCGUCAGCUUGACCUGUGUUGCCAUGAAGUGCGCUUUGGCUGUAUAAAAGAAGAUAACUGUUUCUAUGCACAUAGUUUGAUAGAACUGAAAGUCUGGAUAAUGCAACUACAAACAAAUAUUUCUCAUGAAGCAAUAACUCAGGAAUCAAAGAAGUAUUUACAGAGCAUGGAAGCGAGUUCCCAGGGAGGACAGAUACCUCCGGGCACAGUGAAAUCUGGGAGCCUCAAUUUAAACCUGAAGUUCGUGUGUGCACACUGCCACAGGAAUGGGCAGUUUAGUGAGCCGGAUAAGAACAGAAAAUACUGCAGUGCUAAAGCAAGUCACCCAUGGACCAAAGAACGCCGUGUACUGCUGGUGAUGUCUAACGAACGGAAGAAAUGGACAACAAUCCGGCCUUUGCCAUCAAAGAAACCAAUUCCACAGCAAUUUGAUCUGUGCAUGAAUAUAGCCAAAGGGAAGAAAUGCCAAUACACCGGGAACUGCUUCUUUGCUCACAGCCAUGAAGAAAAAGAGAUGUGGACCUAUAUGAAAGACAUUAACAUCCAAGACAUGGAACAGCUGUAUGAGAUGUGGCUAAAACGUCAGGAGCCAGAGAGAGAGGAGGCAGCAUGUGCACCAAAGGAGAAUGGUAAACAAAUCCACAUGCCCACUGACUAUGCAGAUCUCAUGACCGGCUAUCACUGCUGGCUGUGUGGGAAGAACUCUAACAGUGAAAUACAGUGGCAGCGGCACAUCACCGCGGAGAAACAUAAAGAGAAAGUUUUUAGCUGUGAGGAUGACCAGAAUUGCUGGCAGCAUCGCUUUCCUACAGGACAGUUCAGUAUUUGUGAAAGGCAUCUGAAGGGUACGUGUGUGGAUGGAGAGAACUGCCAUUUUGCCCAUAGUAAAGCAGAGAUGCAGGAAUGGAUGGACCGAAGAGAAGUUCUAAAGCAGAAACUAGCCAAGGCCAGAAAGGACCAUCUGAUUGCUCCAAAUGAUAAUGAUUUUGGCAAAUUUGAUUUUUUGAUUAAAGAUUUAAAUUAAUUUAAUAACCAAGAUAUGUUCAUGUUUCCAAAAUAAGGUGUUACUGGUAGAAAUUGACUCUUAAACAAAACCGAAAUUUGAUAGGCGGGUGGUGGAAAUUCUUUGAAUUGUCUUCCUGCCUUACUUUUGUUCAGUUAAAAACUGCUACGGUCUUGCGAUAGCAGCAUAAAGUGGGGGCAUAAACACUAUGCAGUUUGUUGUAAUAUUUGAUAACGCAGCAGCUAAUAGCACCCCACUUUGUGAUGCAUUGUCGCAGCCGAUUGCUUUGAAGGUAACAAGGCGACGUAAAGAAUAAUGGACGUUUAUUGAAGUGUGAAGAUCAAAUCCUUUUUUUUUGAUAUUCUCUAUACUGUCAUAGGAAUACAUUUUCAGAGCCACUUGGGACUUGAGGGAGAUUUUUGGAUUUGUAUGCAAGCAGGGUUUUGAGGGUUUCACGGAAUUUGUAAACGUUUUGGAGUAUUUUAAUAAGUAAGCAGAGGAACCAAGUUUCAAUACUAUGAUCAAUCAGUUUUGAUAAAGAUUAAGUGGCACAGCUCACGAUGCUAGUUGCCAUCGCUGAAUGUGUCAGAACAAUUGGGCACUUUUUUGAUAACUGUUUCUAAAAUAAUGUUUUAAGCAUUAUCCAUCAACAUUCAUCUUUAUAUAAGAUGAUUGGGGUUAAGUUUCUUCUCUACGUUUCUUAAUUAUGUGCUCCUUUUAUCAGGUGUUAAAGAACACAGUGAAAAGACAAAAACAUUGUUUUUUUUCUGUUGUCUGUUGCUUGCUAUUUAAAUGUUGAUUUCUUUAAAAAUCAUAUGUAUUGCCAGUUGGCAAAAAUUGUAUGGACCAAUAUUGUCAUUAAUAAAGGAUAUGAAACCGUU